UAAUAACAUGAAAAUGACGACCUCUCCUGAAAUUAAAUGUAUAUUUUGCAAGAUAGCAAGAGGACAAGAUGACAAAACCAAUAUCUUGUAUGAGAAUGAAGAACUUGUUAUAUUCAAAGACAUCAAACCAGCCACGCGUCAUCACUACCUCAUUAUCCCAAAACAGCAUAUUAAGGACCCAAAGAAUCUGAAUUACAGUCACCUUCCGUUAGUUGAAAGGUUGGUAGAAGCAGCCACUGAUUUCCUCAAGCAGCAAAAUGCAGCUGUUGAUGAAGCGAGGUUGGGAUUCCACUGGCCUCCUUUCAACAGUAUCAGUCACCUCCAUUUACACGCUAUUAGCUGUACUUCAGAAAUGGGGUUUAUAGCACGCGGUAUAUUUAGGCCAAAUACGUUAUGGUUUGUUACUGCGGAGUGGCUCGUACGCAGAUUAAAAGCAAUGGAUACAAAAUCUUAGAAGCAGUCAUAUAUGUAGACGUGUGGCCAUUGGGAGAAAUGUGAUACCAUUUGCGGGGGUGCUGUCGAAAUAUCAGUCUACGGCAUUGUCAUUAAAACGGUCUAAAUAGCCCAGUUUGACAUCGGCGCCUGCAAUCGUUUUAGUGAUCAUGAAUCAAGACAGAAUCAACAAAGCGUUUAGCAGCGAAAGAUGUAUUGGCGAAAUAGACUUCUCGUUUACAGUGGGUGUGUUUGAAGCGCUUGGAAAUUGAGGAAAGUACAUUAUCAUGUGAUAUAUAUAUAUAUAUAUAUAUAUAUGUGUGUGUAUAAACGUCUGUAAUACUUAUCGGCGUCACACCUUGUCUUAUACGCUGUCAUUUUAAGAAAGAAUUGCUGCCUGGGAGAUCCCGAUAUAGAAAGCUUUUAAUUAAGUCACUUAAGAAUGUUUCCUCUUAAAUUCAAGAUUAUCGUUUUAUGUUUGAUUUGGUGAGUGUGAUACACGUUGACGUGUGUGGGCGUCCUGUCGGGGAGGUAGGGGAUAGUGCCGGUUGAAUGUGACAGCCAGUAAGCACGAUAAAACGUCAAUGAACGUCUCUAGCUACCAUGGACAUAUGGUUUGAAUGAUGGUUUGAAAUAUACAUUGUAGCUUUAUAAUGGCAUGCAAUUAAAUACUUUACUGGGUACAUUUUAUUUUCUGCUGAUUCAUUCUCUGAUCACGUUUUAAAUUAUUUUGGUCUCUUGAAUCGACAUCUGUUCAUUUAAUAUUCUGCAGUUACGCUACACUCAUAUUCUUACACACACAAUGUAAGAAACUCAAAUUUUACAAAAAUCACGCUGUGAUAUUUUUUCAUUCAUUCUGUAGACGGAAACGUUAGUAGAACAUCAUACAAUGACAUAAUGGCAGCUCAACAGGCGAAGGAACUCUUUUGUUUGUUUAUUUACUCGACUGGAUGAAAUCAAGUGCUCUAGGUAGAUUUAUUCAAGCCCAUUUAAAACAUUUGGACGAUAUUUGCCGAUCUUGUUGGGGAGAUGAAAUGGAGAAGUCUUGAGACACCUUGUACAUAUUAGAGUCACGGCAUUUUGUCCCUACGCGACAACAAAAAUCAGAAACCAGUUUCUGAAAAUAUGUAUGGGAAAGCAUCAGUUUAACCUUUGCAUUAGAUUCCUGAUCUAGGUCUAAAACUGUAUAGUUGGUAGUAUUCGCGAGGGAUUUAAUUUCGCUAUUUUCGCGGUCUGUAAAGAAAUUAAGUAAACAGCAAACAUUUCAACAGUGAUUGAAUAUAUCAGAAAAUGUAUAAUGUCAGGAUACAUGGUCACCAGUUUUUAGCAUGCAGUAUUUGAUACCCGUAAAUAAGCCAUACCCGAAACAACAGCGAAAUGUGAACUUCGCGGAAGGUCGGUUACUGUAGGUUGUCGAAGGCUGAAAUUGUCGCGGUUUUACAAACGAUUUGGAGACAUAAAGAGGAUGAAACAGACUUGUUCACUGUAUUAAUUUUCUUUUCAUGGUAUUUAUUUUUCCAUUUUGAUUCAAUCCUCUAAAAAAGCGAGUAAUAAUUUCCACGAUCUGAAAAUUAUUUUUAUCACACAAGUGAUCUGUUGUAUCCUGUAAUACGACUAUGGCAUGUGCCAUAACACUAUUGUCACGUCAUUAUUAAGCCACAUUUUGAUGGCGUUGCAUGAUUGUCUCGGAAGUGACAAAGCGCACCGUCCGCGUCGAAGCAAGUCUGUAUUUUAUGGAAAAUGAAGUUUUGCGGGGAUUUAUUUUAGAAAUGUAAAUGGUAUGUAAUACUGCAUUGCUCUGAUGUAAUAUGGAGUUUAUUUAAGACUUGGGGCAUCAAAUGAUUGAAUUGUUAAAUAAAUUCCAUACUACAUCGACACACUUGUAAGAUCCUUUAUUAGUAGUAUAGUGUGUCCAUGGUUAUGAAAAGUCUGAAAAUUGUAUUAGUACAAAUAUAAACGCUCUGGAAACGAUAAUCUAGACAGAUGGCAGCUCAUUCGGCUAGGUUACCUCACUUGAAGAUCAGAGGUUCUUGGUUCUACACACCCUACCCGAUGAGAUUUUUGAUUCUCAAAAAAGGAGCUUAGAAAUGGACUGAUCUGCGCUGUCAUGGUUAUCUCCUUGGGCAAGAAGCUUCAUCCUAAUUGCUUUUGACUGCAUAAGACGGGCCACCUGUAUACUUUUCAGUGAGAUAUCUAUUAGUUACUAUGCAAGGAGACCCCGCCUCAAAAUGGUUCUUGCUAAUCACAGGGUGAAAAACCCAAAAAGCAGACAGUAAUUAGUAGAUUUUGUGAUCUGUUUCAAAGGAAUUUAAUUUUCGGGAUUUUGAUGGAUUGAAUAAAGUCCUGAAAUGUGAA